GAAACUGGGAUCGCGGCACCAGCAACAAGUUUUAGUGCUUCUCCUUUGUGCCUCUCGUUCGUGCUUGCUGCUCUCCGCUUUGCGCGCCCCAUUCGUCGCCGACUUUUUUAUUUUGUUUUGCCCAUUUUAUCAGAAUUAAAUCGGAACCCAAUCCGAUCCCGACCACCUCCAAAAAAGCGCAAGGCGAGUGGCGUUGAGGUGAUCGCUGAUCCGCUCCAAAAGCGUUCCAUUUCUGAGUGCAUAGUGCAUGCAAAGUCGCGAGGCUGCUGCGCUUUCGAAAUUACACAACCCACAUGGGGCAGCGCCAACAAAGGCCUCAGCAGCAGCAGCAACAACAACAACAACAACAAUAGCGGGCAGCCAAGCAUUCGGCCACCGACCAUGGCCCCCACCACCAGUCCGCCGCCCAAGCUGGCCAAGUUCAAGUCCUCGUCGCUGGACCACGAGAUCUACACAGCGAAUCGACGCGGCACCAUUGCCACGGCCUCCAGCGACUGGAAGGCGCUCCGCGGAGGGGGAGUGGUAGUGGGAGUGGGUGGUUUGGGAGGUGGAGGCCCCGGCACACAUCCCUCCAACGGACGAUCCCUUCACGCCGGCGGUGCCAUGACCAGGGCCGCCUCCACAUCCUCGCUGGCCAGCAGCACGCGCACCAUGACCAACUACCAGGAGUACAAGAUGGAGAUUAUCAACCAGGGGAAAUGCCUGUGCGGCCAGUACAUCAGAGCCCGGCUGCGACGGGCAGGAGUCCUCAACCGGAAGGUGACACAGCGCCUGCGCAACAUUCUGGACCCCGGCUCCUCGCACGUGGUCUAUGAGGUCUUUCCGGCCCUGAACAGCAUGGGCGAGGAACUGGAGCGCAUGCACCCCCGGGUAUACACAAACAUAUCGCGCCAGCUGUCGAGGGCCCCAUUCGGGGAGCUGGAGGACAGCGACAUGGCACCCAUGCUGCUCAACCUUGUGGCCAAGGAUCUGUUCCGCUCGAGCAUCACCUGGGGCAAGAUAAUCUCAAUCUUCGCCGUCUGCGGCGGCUUCGCCAUCGACUGCGUGCGCCAAGGACAUUUCGACUACCUACAGUGCCUGAUAGACGGGCUGGCCGAGAUCAUAGAGGAUGACCUGGUCUACUGGCUGAUCGACAAUGGCGGUUGGCUGGGCCUGUCGCGACACAUCCGACCAAGGGUCGGGGAGUUCACGUUCUUGGGCUGGCUAACGCUGUUUGUCACCAUCUCGGCGGGCGCCUAUAUGGUCUCCAAUGUGUGUAAGCGUAUCGGUGGUCAACUGUAUUCGCUGCUGUUCUAGCCUUGCCCCGGAACGUUUCGUUUUAGAUGUAUAUUCGUACCAUUUAGUCAGUGAGAGCUUCGAAUCAUUCCUGCUUCCAUGGACCCCGAGUCGUGUAGUAGUAUGUAGUGCACAUUGUUUUAUCUAUAAUAUUGUUAUCCUAACCUAGGCGCAAUAAAGCGUGUGUUUAAAACUA